AUGACCGCCCACCUCUCGGACACCAUGUCCAACAACGAGGUCACCGGCACCAUGCAGCAUCACAACCGCAUCAUGAACAUUCAUGGGUCUGGGAAAGACAGUUUGGCGGCUCCUGUCAAUGUGACCAUCAAGGCUCUGAAGUCCAACUCUGCCGUGGUGACAUGGGACAUCCCCGAGGGGGACCUUGUCAUCGGCUUUGCCAUCACACAGCAGAAGAAGGACGUGCGCAUGCUGCGCUUCAUCCAGGAAGUGAACACCACCACCCGAUCCUGUGCAUUAUGGGACUUGGAGGAGGAGACCGACUACAUUGUGCACGUGCAGUCCAUCAGCAUGAGUGGGCCCAUGAGUCAGCACAGCGAACCCCUGCGCUUCCGCACGCCCAAGGAGUCUGAGACACAGGCCUCGAAGAGUAAAGACGAGGUGACCAUGGAGGAAGUGGGAGCUCAGCUGAGGGCAGGGGAGUUCAUCAUUAUCGUGGUGGUGCUGAUCAUGUGGGCAGGUGUGAUCGCUCUCUUCUGCCGUCAGUAUGACAUCAUCAAAGACAACGAGCCUAACACCAACAAGGACAAAGCCAAGACCUCAUCAGAGUGCAGUACUCCAGAGCACCCGACGGGGGGGCUGUUGCGCAGUAAGUUCCCCAAGAACAACAACAACAACAACCGGGCGCCAUCUGUGAACAUCAUCGAGGAUGAGGCUGGGACUAUGGGUCGUGGCCAGCCCUUUGGCAUGGGGCCUGGGUGUGAACUGGGCCCUCAGGACUCCAGGGUCCAGGUCUCAGAGGAGAGGCUCUAG